AUGCCUGUCGAGUUCGAUCCAGACUUCGCCCAAGCCAUGGCGCCUUUCUUCGCCGCCGCCGCGGCCAACCCCCAGCCACCCACAACCGAUCCAUACGAGAUUCGAUCGAGAGCGAAGCCGACAUUCGAGAAGUUAAUGGCGAUGUUGCCUGAAUCGCCCGAUGUCGAACGCCAGUCAUUCACUAUCGAAUCCUACGACGGACAAUCAAUUACCCUGUGUCGCUACUUCAAGAAAGCUGCCGACACGACGACCCCGGGCCCGGCGAUCGUGCACGCGCACGGCGGCGGCAUGAUCUUUGGUAGCACGGAUCUGUUCCGGAAAGCACACGCCCUGCAAACAAGCCAGUCCGGGGUGCAGAUGUUCUCUGUGGAUUAUCGCCUGGCGCCCGAGCACCCGUACCCGACGCCAGCAGAGGACUGCUACGCGGCGCUGGCGUGGGUGCACUCGCACGCGGCCGACUUCGGCAUAGACCGCCAGCGCAUCGCGACCAUGGGCGAAAGCGCCGGUGGCAACCUGGCCGCCAGCAUGACUCUGAUGGCCCGCGACCGCGGGCUGUCACCCGGCGUGGCAAAGCAAAUCCUCAACUACCCAAUGCUCAACGACCUUAACCUCGAGCCCAUCCCGGCCCUCAAGGACCGCGUGAUCUGGUCGACGGAAGCCAACAUCGGGGCUUGGUCUGCCUACCUGGGCGCCGACUUUCGCUCCGAUCGCGUGUCGCAGUACGCGGCACCCGCGCGUGCGACCAGUGUCGAAGGCCUGCCGCCCACGUAUCUUGAUGUCGGCAGCCUGGACAUCUUCCUCAAUGAGGAUCUGCAGUAUGUCUCACGCAUCGCUGCUGCCAACAUCCCCGUCGAGGUCCACGUGUACCCGGGGCUGCCUCAUGCGUCCGAGUACUUUACGCCCGGGUCUGCGCCGACCAACCGCGUCCUGGCGGAUCGGCUGCGGGCCAUAACCAGCCUUUAA